AUGCUCCCAUCACCAGCAGCUUUGGCCAUCAAUGUUUCCGAGAUUCUUCCUCAAAAGAGCAAGGAUACACAGGCUAAGUUUACGAUGCCCUUGCGGAUGCCGUCAGGCUCUAUUGAUUUGGUUGGUGACGGUUCCUUGUAUCAGCCCCGAUUUGGUUUCACAUUUACUUUGCGCAAAAGGACCGUAGCAAAGACCUUCCUCGUUGCCACCGGCUUUGCUGAAAGUGUGGUGGUGCAUGGAGAAGGUCUCAGAUUGACCAUCGCAGACUGCGCCGCCUUGGCCCAUGCAACUGUCGUAGAGCUGACUGUCUUGUCUGAAGACCUUGAUUGCCAUCUCGAAAGUCUGUCGUUGGAGAACGGCACGAAGCUGGAUAUUAUUCCCACCGCUCGGAGGGUUUGUCAAAUCGACUCAAUGGCAGAGAUGUGCGAACAUGGCUGGAAACCCAGUUCUAGCUUCGCUCUACCUGUGCCAUUCUUCCGAGAGCACCUCCUCCUGCGCACUGCGGAUCUCCAGCUGGUUGGACAACCUACUUGCAAAUCCUUCACGAACUUUGGCGAGCCAUUUGAUGAUUCCGAGAAAAUGGCAGUGUCGCUGCGGUUGAACCAGGAAAGAUCAUUUUGGGCAUUCAUUUUGGGGCAAGAACUGCAUGUAGAGCCAAGCUCUGAGUCCUGUUGGAGGUCGCCAGAGCUGUGCGUCAUUGAUUUCCACCAAGCCUGGGCAUCCAGUUUGCACAAUGAGUCAUCAAAGGUAUUUGUGACGGUUGCUGCACCGGAGGACUGCAACAUCAGCUGGAAGCGGGUGAUCCAAGUCUAUCAGGGACCAGAUUUGUUUCGAGAAGAGAAGGCUCUUCGUGCAGAGCGGGAAGCAACAACAACAGCACAUUUGUGUGUAGAGCCUUCCCUAAAGGUGACAAAGGAAUGCGGAGGUGCACUCAAGUCCAGCACGAUCCAAGCUAUGUUCGACAUAUCGAUCAAAUCCGAUAUUCGAUCAUUGAGGUUUGAGGCCAGCUUUUCCUGCAGCGACAGCUUCUUUCGCCAACAAAGCGUGGUCUUGGAAAUGACGCUCGCCAAUUGGCUAUAG